AUGCCCCUGCAGGCCUUACCCUUUAACACCCCCACGCGGCGAGGACAAGCGAGUUGGCGGGGGAGCCCCGCCGGCGGCCCGCCCCCUCGGAGCCGGGAUCGCGGCCGCCAGAGCGCUCCCCCGCGCCCACCCCCACUAGCGGCCGCAGGGGACCGCACGCCAGGUACGCGCGACACCGCGCGGUGUGCGCUCACGCCCCCUCGCCCGGGCUGCCCGACCGCCGUCCACCGAGGUCAGGCCCGGCCCGCGAGACUGGGUCAGAUCCAGCCGCUCGGGACCGGGAGGUCGGCCCUCCACCCCCGCCCCGCGACUCACUUGCACGCGAGUCGUGGCAGCCGCCGGAAUUCUUUCCACGCGCCGAACCCCCCGCCGCGGAACGAAACCCGGGAAGGGCGGCGUGCCGGCUCCGCACCCGAUCCCGCUCUCCGGUCCGCGUGCCAGGCUCCCGGGACGAGCAGCCCGCCCGAACCGGCCCUCCCUGCUCCGGUCCAGCCGGCAGCCCGCCGCCGCUGCUCGGGCCGCCGCCGAGCUGGCGAGAAGGCUUCUGAUUUGGAACCUCGGGCUGCCGAGCAUGCCCAGUCCGCGGCGGAGCCGGGUCGGCUUCCCGCGCGACGCUGGUCCGUUCCUCCGGGUGUUCCCGGCGGCCGGGGGGCGGGGACCGCGGACGCUCGGCCGGGGACCCAGCUGAGUCCCGCAGGACAGCUUGCCCUGGGGUGUGGGGACUUGGGGGGGUGGGGGUCCUUUUCGUUUCUAGAAACGGGAACUGGAGAUGCGGGCCCUUACCCCCUUCCCCACCCCAUCUACGAGAAGAGGAAGGGCCCACAUGGUGGGUUUCAUCCUCCGGGAUCAGAAGCCCAAUUGGGAGCCAGCCCGAGAGUUGUGCGGCUAAAGCGGCCAGAAAGCUGGGAACGCAAACUCAGCCUUCGAGAAAUUACCAUCUGGGACAGCUGUUGGCAAACUACACUGGCAUUUUCUUCCCCACCAAGCCCAAGAGCUGCGACACUUGUGACUCCUUCAUGAUUGAUCAUUUAAAAACGGAUGGACCUCAAACUCUUCGGGACAUUUUCCGAAGCUCUA